GAGUGUCUGGUCUGUCCAGGUGCAGUUGAUCAACCUGAAGGCUGACGUCCGCGGAAUCAGCUCUACGGCUCCUCACAAUGUAGCUAAACUGUAAUAAACUAACACGUUGACUUUUAGGUAGUAAUGUAGAUUUACAAAAACUCUUUUCUCGGUUCAUUUCUCACCUGAGGACGGAGGAAGAGGAGACCUGCGGCUCAUGGCUGUGAUUGUAGUCGCUCUCAUUUUGGUGUGCACCGGGUUAUGGGACAAGACUUUCCUCACUGCCGCUCAGACUUGUGUGGAUGAGAGCAGGUUUAAGGAACAGAUCGUCUACGUGGAGCCGCAGGGGCCUCCAUAUCGGCUGAAGUGCCCUGUAGAACCUUUUCAACCCCAGAGCUCCCCACAGCCCCGGGUGACCUGGCAGAAGGACUGUCAGCAGCUCCACAAUCAGGAGGGGAGGGCCUACCUGGAGUUUAUCAACCUCAAUGUGGAAGACCAAGGGAACUACACCUGUAUGCAACAAGGCAACAGCACAGCCUCAUUCACUGUGCGUCUCAUAGUUAAAGAGUCCCAGUGCUCGAAAGCCCCAGAAUUUCAGCCUAAUGGAGGCCUGAACAGACUGUGGAGCGAUGUGGGAUCCUCUGUGAAGCUCAACUGCACUGCUCUCCUCCUCUGGGACCCAAAUAAGGAGCAAUGUGGCACCACACUGCAGUGGAGUAAAGAUGGCCAACCACUCACCAACCUCACACUUUACAUGCAGAAUACCUCCUCGUGGUCUCCUGCUGUCGGCCAGCUGAUGGUAAACAGUCUGUUGGUGAUUACACUCAGGGAGCUGGAAGAUUUUGGGCUCUACAGCUGCACAGUGAGGAAUGUUUCAUCUGAUUUCAGCCUACAGAAUUCAAACAGACCCAGCCACACUGCCGCUGUUAUCGCAGCCACUGUCCUCCUCCUCUUCCUGGCUAUAGCUGCUCUUGUGUACUCCAGGUGUCACUUGAACAUCAAACUCUGGUACAGGAACUCCUAUGGAGACUAUGAACUCAAUGAUGGGAAAUUAUAUGACGCCUACAUCUCCUAUGUGAACAAUGACUAUGACAGGAAGUUUGUCAACUUUAUUCUCAAACCUCACCUGGAAAAUAAAAAUGGAUACAAGGUGCAUCUCAAUGACAAUGACAUCCUACCUGGUGGAGAACCUUCUGCAGAGCUGCUGAUGAACGUGAGUCGUUCUCGGCGUCUCAUCGUGUUGCUCUCUCAUGCUUACCUCGAGCAGGACUGGUGCUGCAGUAACUUCAGGCAGGGCCUUCUGCACUUGUUGGAGAUAUGUCCGCAGCCUAUCCUCAUCAUGUUGGAGGGUCAGUCCAAACGCAUGAGGCCUGAGAUCAAGCAGCAGCUCAGUGAGCACCAGCACGGCCUCACUGUACUCACCUGGAGACACAACUCUGUGACUCCCUCCUCAGUCUUCUGGAAGGAGCUGGCCUUAGCGAUGCCUCGCAGGGUCAUUUUCCGCACUGAGCACGCAGGCGACCCACAGACAGUGCUGCAAGAUGACAAAGACCCCAUGCUGACCCUCGAACCCGACUACCUGGACUGCCGCUCAGACACUGACCCUGCUGGAGAUCUGGGGCUGCGCCUCCCUGUGUACAAGGCUCUGGCCUGUACAGCUCCUGUCCUCCCUGCUGCUCCCAUCACAGCCGCUGAGCCCAAAUCCUCGGAUAUCGACGUGUCGGACUUGGGAUCACGGAACUACGGGGCCCGCUCAGACUUCUACUGCCUGGUCACUGAGGAGGACAUUUGAGCCACACUCCCCUCACUUCUACUGAUCACUUAAAAUGACCAUCUACAUGGAGAUUCCCAGUAGCAUUGCUGGGAGCUAAAUUUAUUUCUUUUCUUUACAAUAUGUUGUUAAAAUCAAAAUGUUACCUUUUUCUACUUCCAUUCACCAAAAGAGAGGGGAGAGGGAGGUAAACUCACAGCCAUGAUGUCUCUGUCAGUCCCCAGCAGAGGGCAGAGUGAUGUCAGAUAAUAUGAAAGGAGCAGUUUGUUGACAGUACACAGAUGGUUUGGAAUGACUGAGAAAAUACAUGUGACAGACUCCAGAAGUCGGAUUUUAACUGGGGCUAAAUGAUAUGAGAAAAAAAGUAAUUAUUUUGACAGAUAUUCUGAUUGUGAUAUGAGUCACAAUUUUAGUUGAAAUGGUAAUUUUUGCAUUUAAUUUCACUGAAUAAAAUGUAAAAAUUAUGCUGAUGUGAUUUUUGUUGGGUCUGAACCAAACAAGCAUGGUCCCUUAUGUCCGGAGAAGAUGAAUUGCAGCCUGCAGUAUCUCUGUUGCACCACAAUGCUUCAUUUAUAAUGGUAUGUUGUGACACAUUUUACUUUAAUCGACAACUUGCAUCUCCUGUCAUUUAGAUAUUGCACUUGGCUGUAUUGACAUUUCAAUAAAAUUUUGAUUAAUUGUUCAGCCAUAAUUUAAA